UUUUUUUAUUAUUAAAUUAGAAAGAAAUGGGUGCUCAUCACAGUAGAGAAUUCAUUAAUGGAGAAAAACGACGACGAAAGAACAAAAACAAUAAAAACGAUAGUGAUCAAAAGUUAGCACGACAUACAAGUUAUACAGAUAACAAUAGCAUAUCGACUUCACCAAAAUACAGUCCGUUCUAUAGACGGACCAACUCAUCAAUCACAGUACCGUCGAAUCCCGUCAAUCCUGUACGACACCAAGUUGUUUUAUCAGACCAAAUCAUGCCAUUGUCUUCCUUAAUGUCCAUUGCCAGCCAUGUUCAUAAUGACAAUAAACAUCUCAGUAUUCAAUCCAACAGUACCUAUCGACGGAAAAGUACACAAAAGGAAUAUGAUACCAUCAGUAUUUCAGGUCUGACGAGUGAUGAUGACGAUCGUACCAAAUCUUCCUCUUCUCGCUCAGCCUUAUAUGCAAGCUCCAUUGACUCGGCAAGUUCUAUGCAGACACCACCUUCUCAUGUUUUACAUCGUCAAAUCUCCUUCAGUGAUCCCAUCAAACAUCAUCCUAAAAAUGGUCCUAUUGUCUUUGAUACAACUAUACAAAACGAUCAUCAACCUCACAUUCAACGAAAGGAUUCGAUGCGACCAUUACGUCAUUAUGUUCUCAAACAAGUGUUUGGAGGUAAUAUUCAAACAACGUUGAUCAAUCCGAAGCGUAUAUUGGAUAGUGGAUGUGGUAUUGGAUUAUGGACUUGGGAAGUGAGUCAACAAUACUUGAACUGUGAUGUAAUUGGCAUCGAUAUCCAUUUACCAGAUCAACAACCUGGACCAUGGGGAACUACUAUAGCAUCGCAACAACAAUCUGAAGAUGGUAACAGAAGAACUUUUGUAACGGCAGGAAGCAAUAUUUCAUUUGUAUAUGGGGAUGUUAUGAAACCAUUACCUUUUGAUGACAACUCCUUUGAUUAUAUUCAUCAAUUGGAAGGUGCGAUGCUUAUUCCUUCUGAUCAUUGGCAACCUCUCUUGACGGAAUUCCAUCGGAUACUGAAAGUGGGUGGCAAGAUCGAAUUAGUGGAACACGUCAUUUAUUCUCAGUUCUCAUUUUUUUUUUAUUUAGAUAUUGUUUUCAAUAAUCCUGGACCGGUAUUAACAAUGAUGAAUGAAUGGUAUCGAAUGGCAACUUGUGAUAUUGGUGUUAGUGUAAGUGUGGACCGAGAAACAAUGAAUAAAAUGUUAUCUUCUGCUGGUUUUGAUGAAAUUCAAGUGAUUGUUCAUGACAUUCCUAUUGGUGAAUGGCCCGAUGACCCUGUACAAAAACAACAUGGAUUUCUUUAUAAAGAACAAAUCAGAGCCACUUUCAAAUCAGCUCAACGAUGGUGGAUAGCAGAAACUGGAAUUACUCAACAAGAAUAUGAUCGUGUAUGUGCAGAAGCCAUGGAAGAAUUCGAAGAUUAUAGUAGUAGUGUUACUUGGAGAAUUUAUACCGCCACCAAAUCGUCACCCCCUUCUUAAUUUGAUUCUAUUUGUGUCACACCCCCCAUUUCUUAUAGUUUUGAAAGCUGGUCUUUCCUCUUCCUUUUUUUUUUUUAUCAUUUAGUUUUAUGCUUCUAUAUAUAUAUUCUGUGUAUGUUGUAUGUUUUUAUGUAUAUUAAUAUGAAUCAAAUUAUCUUAUACCAAUUCAAUACUUCUUAAUAAAACCAACAAAAUAAAUAUAUUUUAACAAUCAA